AUGAUGAAACACCAAUUUUUCGACCCACUUGGAGGCAUGGCUCUUGGAAAGCGCUACGGCAGCGGGAGCCAUGAAAGCGAAGACAAGAGACGGUACUUCGACCCCCUGGGCGGCAUGGCGUUGGGCAGACGCGAUUAUCAGGCGCAGAACUUCGAGGUUGACGACAAGCGCAGAUACUUCGACCCUCUUGGCGGAAUGGCGUUGGGCAAACGACGAUACUUCGAUUCGCUUGGUGGCACGGUGAUUGGCAAACGGUCGGGCGGCUUAGCUGGCCGCAUGUACGGUUGGCCGACCGGUAGAAAGUCGCUGCUGGGCACUGGAAACGGAAUGUUGUUCCUCCUACCUCAGAGGUACCAAGAGGUCAAAAAGUGA